AUGGUUGGUGCAUCACUUCUCCAGUCUGACGAUGAUUCAGAUGUCCCAGAUCUGGAUCUUCGUGGAGCAGUAUCUAGUUCUUCCAGACGAAGGAACUUUUUCAAUAAAUCAUCCGCCGAUUAUGAAGAAAUCCGUCAUCGACAGAAAACCUACAAAACCAUUUUUCUCAUUAGCUUCUUUUUUGUUUUCAUCGUUGCUCUCUACUUUCUAUACACUGCCAUGUGCCGUGUGAAGAUCCUUUCUGAGGAAAUUCAAGAUCUGCGGCAGAAAAUGGGUCAUGUGGAGGCGUUUCAAUUGGAAUUGAAAACAAUUCGAAUGCAAUUUGAAGUAAUUCAAGAGAAUGAAAUGGAAAGGAACGAAACGAAUCGGACUAUGAAAACUGGAAGUACAACUGGAAUGAUUUAUGAUAAGCUGGCAAAUAUCUCAAGUCGAUUUGAUCUUUUAUGGGAUGGACAUCAGAAGAAUAAAUGUCUGGCUGUGUGCCAACAACACGAAGGCGGAGCUGCUUUGCCACGUGGCAGAGAGCAACCAAGAAGACGUCAGGCAGCUGGGAAAACCAAACCGGCGGGCGGUGCGGAUGAAAUUGUUUUCCGGAGAAAUGACUGA